GGCUCGCGAUCCGGUAGAACGUCCGGUCACGUCACCGGUCAUCAACAAAGCAUGUCAACCCUUUUGCUGAAGUUUAUACCCGGCCCUGAUCCAAAUUUAGACUAAUUUUAGACUUUACCUGAUAUAAACAUGGUUCACUUGUCUCUAGUAAGGAUGGUCAGAUCUAGAGGACCGGAUAGAUAUUGGAGGAGGAAAUUCUACCUGGACCAGUCGACGCGAUACUUUGGCCGUAGGAGGAACUGUUUUUCAGUGGCUAUCAGAGCUGUCCGGAGGGCUUGGCAGAAUUCAACCGCUGGUCGGAAGAAGAAAAAGGGACAAAUGAGAAGGCUCUGGAAUUUGAGGAUCAGUGCAGCUGCCCAGGAGCAUGGUUUAACAUAUGCACCUUUCAUUGGAAACCUUCUAAAGCACAACAUCCAGCUCGACAGGAAAGUCCUUUCUCAUCUAGCCAUAUAUGAACCAAAGACAUUUAAGUGUUUAGCCGAGCUGGCCAGGCAGAAACAAAAGGAAGGAAUGUUAGCAGCGCUUGAAAAGAACCCAGAGGGUGUCCUAUCCCGUGGUGUCACGCAAGAAGACCUUUUGGCCGAGAGCAUCCGGAAACUCAGACUGAGCUCCAGCCCAUCUGCUUCGUCAUGACCUUAUAUUGCUCUAGUUUGAAAGACACUGAAUAUUUGCCCAUUUAGCACCAUACAUGGAAGCUGAUUGGAUGGAUGUAUAUGGAUAACUGUUGGAAUGUUUGAACCCUCCUGACUAUAGUAUGUAACUGAGCCUGUCUGUUUCAUCAGGAGCAUCACAUCGUCACAUGAUUAUUAACCCAUCAACAACUGAAUUCUGUAAUUCACAUAGAGUUUUCACAGGGAUCUCUCGGUCGCAGGAAGCAAAUAGUUGAUAAUAUUUAUGACAAUAAUAUGUACUGCACAUUUUCUGGUAUAAAUGUUGCCUGAGUUACUGAUGUAGAUUAUCUUUACUCAUUUCAUUGGAUGCUAAGUACAAAGAACUACAAUCCACUCCGUGGCAUUGUUUCUUAUGGGGAAAGAUACAGGCUGUUACAGUUUUGUAAGCGGUAAACAUUAAUCAAGUAGCUCUUAAUAAGCACCACAAUAAAAAUAGUAGUGGCUCAAUGAAUUAUGUUGGUGGUUUUGUGAAUAGCACUCGUAUCUGCAACUACUUGAACAUGUUGCAAGACAAAAAUGAAGGUAGAGAAAAACAUGAUGAAUCAUACUGUUCGGUACUUCAUAGUAUUGUGAAUGUGAUGUUAAAAUGAUGAUAGUAUGAAUCAUCACAUGUGAUACUGGGGUCUGCGUCCUUCUGGUGCUUGGUCUAUUGUCUCGCAAAUGCAGUGUUCGAACUCAAUUGUUAAACGCAGAUAGUGUCUUUGUCCUGAAUAAUAAUCAAAGAUUUAGCUUGUGAUUGCUAUCCUUUUGGUCAAAGAGUGAUGACCAGGGGGGCGUUUCAUCAACAUUUUUGUCCGACAUGUUGUUAGACCUGACAUCUUUCCUUGAUGUUGAUUGGCUAAGAAGCACUGUUACUAUGGCAACUGUCGGAUAAAAUGGGACUUGUCGGAUAAAACGUCUGACAAGUCCUUUCAUGAAACGCUCCCCAGAGCUUAAAGCCAAGUGGCCAAGUAUUCAUCAUAUCUAUGAUGCGAUAAUGGUAGUAUAUUGAUAAAUUCUUCCGGCAUGAAGGUCUAUUUCAUGCUGCUGUGCUGGGCCAGUCACACGGUAUGCCUACUGGGGGUAUCAGUUACUUAUUUUUAUGACUGUGCAUACUUGCGCUUGUAUUAUGAUUGUGAAAUCAAUAUUGGUUUUUUUUUUCUAUAUUGUGAGAACAAAUUAUAAAUAACAUGAUAUAAAUAACAUGGUGUUUUUUCUUCUUAAAAUUUCUAUUUGUUCUAAAGAAAUAAAGGUCUAAAAUAA